AAAACAAUCUUUGCGUUUGCAAAUUGCGAUCAAUAUAAUUAUUGUUAUUUCACACCUAUUAUUUAGGAAUUACGUUAUUCACUUACAGCUCACUUGCUCAGUUGACAGUUACUGAUCUCAGUUGAAGUUGCUACUUCCUUGACGUCCUAUCUUUGUAGGUUCUUCUUUUGUUGUGAGUGAUCGCUUGUUCUUCGGUCAUUCAUCUCAACUAUCGAAUACAGCGUAAGCACAAUUCGAUAAAGUCGUAAUGUCGUUGGAAAAAGAAGAUGGAGCUGUGGAAAAACUUAUGGAGGAGGGAAAAAAGAAGAUGGAUAGUACGAGCGACAAGUAUGAUGAGCUAAACAAGAUGGAAUUGUCUGAUCAUGCAGAGAAAGCAUACGCAGGCAUGGGUAAAGAAGAACUCAUGAAGUAUGCUAACAGUCCGUUCUGGGUGCGACUCAGGUGGUUGUUGUUUAUAACAUUUUGGCUUUCUUGGUUUGCCAUGAUGUUUGGUGCACUGUUCAUCAUAUUCUUGACUCCUAAGUGUUUCUCAACUUCUAAAUAUGGUCCGUUACAAUGGUAUCAGAAGAGUCCAGUCUACAUAAUUAACGCAGCUUCUCUUGUCAGCCAAAACGGUCUUGAUGAAAAAAUUGAAUAUAUGCAACAAUUGGGUGUAAAAAAUGUUGUAUUGACAUCUGUAUUUCAAGCUGACGGUGAUGAAGUUAUAGAUUUCAUGAAUGUAAAUAUUUCUUUAGGAAAUGAAAAUUCAUUGAAAAAUCUUGUUAAGAAUUUAAAAAAUAAAGAUAUGAAAGUGAUGUUGAAAUUAGUUCCUAAUCAUUCUUCAAAGUCUAACUUAAUGUUUGAGCGAUCAGUCCUAAACGAAACAUUAUACAAAGAUUUUUACAUUUGGAAUUCUGGUUUUAGUGAUGGUGAACAUCAUUACCCUAUCAAUAAUUGGUUGAGUGUAACUGGAGGAUCUGCCUGGAGUUGGAAUGAAAGUCGAAAAAUGUUUUAUCUUCACCAGUUCUCUGCAGAAUACCCAGACUUCAAUUUUCGCAAUAAAGAUGUUGUUUAUUAUUUUGAGAAAGUGUUUAAGCAUUGGUUGGAUAUAGGAAUUGAUGGAUUGUAUUUGGAUAAAGUUCAAUAUUUGUUUGAAGAUAAGGACUUUAAAAAUGAUACUAUUAUAACAGCAUCAAAUGGGACCAAAAACUAUGAUUCAUUUAGUCAUAAAGCGACAUCUAAUCUUCCAGAAACUAAUGAUUUGUUAUCACACUGGGGCAAUUUAAUAAGAAAUAAUUCUGGAGUAUUGCUUGUGAGCGACCUUGAUUCAAAUGAUAUUAAGGGAAUAAAUAUGGUUCAUAGUUCUGUGAAGUUGCCAUGUGAUUUCACUGGAGAACAAUUAUUUAAUGCAAUUUUACCUAAAGCAACUACUUCAUGGUCUUCUUGGGAAUGGGUAUCUACUGAUAAACCAAAUUGCUGGAAGAAUGAAACAAUUGAUGCAUUUAAUAUUCUCGGUUCACUAUUACCGGGUGUACCAUUCAUUAAUGCUGACUCAAAACUAUUUAAAAACAACAAAAUACCAAAUAUUACAUUGAUUGAAAGUACUUUACAAGAAUUACGGUCAAUGCCCACAGUUGAAUUUGGUUCCUUUAAUGCCAAACUUUUAAAUAAUGAUACAGUAUUUGCUUUUGAUAGGGUAAUGAGUGGUUCAGAGAGCCUUUUGUUUGCUUGGAAUUUAAGUAAAAAUGUCACUGUUCUAAACCUAAAUGCAUUUGAUGGAAUUCCCUCAGAAGUAAAUCUGUCACUUUGUACUGAGACUGCUUGCUCCAUACUUCCUACUCCUAAAACAAAAGUUGGCAGCAAUCAAUUGAGUCUUGCUGGUGAAUCUGCUGUGGUUUUGAAAUUCUAAAUGGUUGAACAUGCAUUACAUUAUUAAAUCAUUUUUUGAAACUGCUGAACAAAAUUAUUUAAUUUUUUGUUUAAGUAUUAAUAUUUAUAAUAAUGACUUAUAAUAUAAUUACCUUUAAUCUCACUAGUUAUUACUUUUCCCUCUCUACUUAUGAAAUUCUCAAUUUUUUCAUGGUAACUACUAACUACCUAUUGAAAAAUCUUAUUAUUGAUACCCGUAACA